UGUUUAAAUUUGGCAUUGAAGUUAUCAGAUUCAUCGCUAGGUGGCGUAAUAGCCGGCACAUCUGCUUUUCUCAUCUCUGCAUUUCCAUCAACAAUGGCUGAUCGUUUGACACAACUCCAAGACGCUAUAAAUGCGCAAGCUGAUAAUUUCUGCAAUGCCAUCGGUAUUUUGCAACAAACCGCCCCACCGGCUACAUUCCCAGGUUUCGAUCGAGCAGGCAAUCGAACACCUCAACAACAACAAGAAGAUCACGCUUCUCUUUUUGCCACAUUGAUUGCCCGCUGCGCCAAAGAUAUUGACGUCCUAAUCGAUUCACUACCCAGUGAAGAUUCUACCUCCGAACUGCAGAUUGCAAGUCUCAGAAGGCUGGAGAAUGAAAAUGAAAGUGCCGCUGCACGAUUGAGGGAGGUUGUCAGCGAAGGAGAGCUGAUGCUCGAGAAAAUUCAGAAUGCACUUCACGACAUUGCACAGACCCAACUGGCCAUGCAGAGCACAGGUCCAAAUUCCUAAAUCCAACCAUUAUUUGCUCUAGUUCCCUAUUUUUGAUAUUUAAAAGAAGAAAAUGAAACAAACAAUUUGCUCUGCAA